AUGGCGGACACGGCGCGCGACUCCUUCCCGGACGAGGCGGAGACCGCGUUCACCCUCGACGAGUACAUCGAGGGCAUGGAGGCCGUGGAGCUGGAGGCGGAUUUGGUGCUGGGCGGGGACGAUGGCAAGGACUGCACCUACGCCGGCGGAUAUCUCAAGCGCCAGGCCGUCUUCUCCUGCCUCACCUGCGUGCCUGAUGGAGUCGCCGGGGUCUGCACCGCCUGCAGCCUCGCCUGCCACGAUGGGCAUGAGGUUGUUGAGCUUUGGACAAAGCGGAAGUUUCGUUGUGAUUGUGGCAACUCAAAGUUUGGUGGUCACCUUUGCAAACUUUGCCCUGAGAAAGAUUCUGAGAAUUCAGCAAAUGCUUAUAAUCAUAACUUCAAAGGUUCCUAUUGCACAUGUGGGCGGCCUUAUCCUGACCCAGAAGCUAAGGAGCAAGUUGAAAUGAUACAAUGCAGUAUAUGUGAGGAUUGGUUUCAUGGGGAUCAUAUUGGUCUCAACUCUAUUGAAGAGAUACCAGGAGAUGAGGAAGGGGAGCCACUCUAUGAGGAAUUUAUAUGCCACAAAUGCUCACCUGUUUGCCAUUUCUUGAAAUUGUAUCCAGAUACAAUUUGGGCAUCUGGUAAGCAGAAUCUGGUAUUGCAAACUGAUGCAAGUGAUCCAAAUGCGAUGGAAAAACCUUCAGUUCCUGAGGAGGCCAAUUUGGGUAGCAGUUCUGGCAGCAACUGCAAGCUAGGAAUGGAUGUAAAUACAAUGCCAGCUGUUACAGAUAAAAGUGAGCCUUUUUUCAUGUCUAAAGGUUGGAGGGAAACACUAUGCAGGUGUGAAACAUGCAUCAACUUCUAUGCACAACGAGGUAUUGCAUAUCUUAUUGACAAGGAGGAUUCUAUUGAGGAAUAUGAGAGAAUUGCCAAGCAGAAGAGGGAGAAGAAACUGGAGCAGCAGCAAGGAGCUGCGACAAAUUUUCUGAAUUCACUUGAUCAUGUUCAGAAGAUGGAGAUGUUGAGUGGCAUCAAUGACAUGAAGAAUGAGUUUCAGUCCUUUCUGGAGUCCCGCGAUACAUCGAAACCAAUAACAUCUGAAGAUAUACGCUCUGUCUUUGAGAAUCUUGAUAAGAAGAAGAAACAGAGGUUAUCUUAG